AUGGCUUCGAUUGAAAUGCACUCGUUCACGCGCGAUAUGCAGCCGCUAAUGGAUGAGGCUGCGAGCAAUCUGACCGAGGAAAAAGUGAGCACCGCGUUCGGACAGGUCAAAGUGUCGAUUUACGGAAAUCCGAAGGACCCGAAGAAGGUGCCGAUGAUCACUUUCCAUGAUCUUGGACUUGACUGUGAGUCAUGCUUUACACUAAUUGCGAAAUAAUCCCAUCUAACUUUAGCAGAGAGCAACUUCCAAAAUUUCUUCCAAUUCGUCUCGAUAGCAGAGUUUGCCGACAAGUUUUGCAUUUACAAUGUGAAUGCUCCAGGACAAGAGAUGGACGCUCAGGCUCUUCCGGAAAAGUAGCACAAUAUGGUGAAUUCCAUAACAUUUCCAAUAAUUUCAGUUUCGAGUACCCCACAAUGGACGGAAUCGCUAAGACGAUCGAGUCGGUGGCCGAGCACUUCAAACUCAAUGAGUUCAUUUGCUUCGGCGUGGGCGUCGGAGCCAACGUUCUUUUGAGAUACGCCGCUCAGAAUCAGAACCGUGUCAUCGCUCUGAUCCUCGUCAAUUGUUCCUCCGGAAAAUCUGGAUGGGUUGAGUGGGGUUACGAAAAGGUCAGUUUCAAAUCAGUUCCGUCUUUUUUCUCAUCAAAAACUUUCCAGUGGAGCGCAUCGUACUUGCGUAAAGUGGGAAUGACCAAGUUCACCGUCGACUAUCUCAUGUGGCACCACUUUGGCAGAAACUACGACCGUUGCAGUCCGGACAUUGUCCGCCAGUACCGUGUUUUCUUCCAACAUCUCCCGAAUCCGGGAAGUCUCGCCUCCUUCAUCGACGCCUACAUCAACCGUACCCCUCUGCCGAUUUCUCGUGACGGAACCACCGGAGUUCAGCUUAAAGUGCCAGUUCUACAGCUGGUUGGAGCCGGAAGCGCCCACGUGGAGGAUACGGUCGAAGUGAACACGAAACUGGAUCCCGCUCAUUCGGAUUGGAUCAAAAUAUCCGACUCGUGCGGUUUGAUUCUCGACGACCGACCGGAUGCGGUGACCGAGAGCAUGAUGCUGUUCCUGCAGGGAUUGGGCUAUUUUCCGACGCUCAACGUGAUGAAGAUGACGAAGAAGAUGCAGGAGGCGCAGAACGGCGGCGGAUUCUCGGCAGUCACGUCCAACACGAACGAAUUCUAA